AUGAAAUACAAAUCAUUAUUGGAAUUAGAAAAUAAGGACAAACCUAAUAAAUUACGUCAACCAUUUGGUAUGUCACUAAUUGCAUUGGCUACAAGCGAUGAUGAACAAAGAAUAAAUGAACCCUUAAUUUGUAUAGUUAGUGAUGAACUGUAUUCUAAGUGUAAGGAGGCUGCUGGUUCUGAAAAUUGGACAUCCGAUGGAUUUCACUUGUCGGAAUUUCUUAAUUCACUUGAAGUUGCUUUUUCCAACAAUACUGUUGUACGACAUAUUUUGGAUGAUAAAACAGACGUGAAAUCAGACUCAAUAACAUUCUUCGCGACACUUCUCAUAUCUUGCUAUGGAUUAUUAUUUAAUCAAGAUGCUGAUGAUCUCGAAAAGCUUAUUUCAGAGGCUUUACUAAAAAUUCUGUUAUGUAUUUCUAAUUAUCCUGAAUAUCGAAAGCCAUUGAAAGAGGAUAAUCAAUUUUAUGUUCUAAUUGGAAGUCUUGCCAAACAACCAAAACAAGAUAUUGCCAAACGAAUUUGGUCCAAUCUGAAUAUAAAAGAAAAUCCUACAAGAGAACCUCAUCCAUUGCAAGUUCGAAAGCAACCAAUGGCCUUUAUUAGUUAUAACUGGGCCGAUGAUAGUUUUUGUGAACGAUUUCUUAAAGAGCUACGCAACCACACAAGUAUAAAACUUUGGAUUUGUUCACUACAUGAUGGUGGAUAUUAUGAACAAAAAAAUGAAUGUUGA